UUCCCAUUUGAUUUCCAAAUUUAUACCCAAUUAUUUCUUUGAACCAAAAUGAGAAAGGGAGACGAGACAAGUUACAUUUCACAGAAAAUUGUCACUGGGUAUGUGAAAAUGGUGUCGAUUAAUGUAAUGGUGUAAAUACAAACUGUUACAGAUUGAAACGCCAAUGUUUCUUGACAAAUUUAUUCGAUUACAAAAAAGUAAAAUUGAACCCUACUUUUUGACCUAAUAAUGACUGCUAUAAAAGUGCAUGGUGGUAUCGAUAUUCUAAGAUUACCGGUAAACGAAGAAGAACAUAUUUGCCCUCCAUGGCGUAUCAAAUAUACACAAUCUCAUAUAUUACAUUCUAAGUGUUCAAAAAGCGAAAGUGGCUGUGGUUCCAAUAACGAGAUUGCCUGUCAGUUUUGCGUAUAUAACAAUGCGUUAGAAUUGCCGCAUAUGCCGGAUAUGGUAUUUCCCAAUAACAUAUUAACUCUGAUGCAUCAGGAAGGACCGUUUCUGCAAUUCAAUGCUUUGGAUUCUUUAAGAUAUGUCUCUAAUGGAAAGAUUAAUAUACAGCUUGCUUGCGCAGAAGCAUGGAAAGAAUCUAGAUCGGAAAGUAGCGAAUAUUUGGAAGAGAAAAUAAAACCGUUUGAUUGGACAUUUACCACCAGUUAUACUGGUACGAUAACAGGCUUUGAAGUUGAAGAAACAAAUGAGAGAAUUGAUAUGGAUAAAUUAAGGCAGAGGGAUAAGAUUAUGUUUUAUCAUGAUUUAACACUAUUUGAAGAUGAACUUCAUGACAAUGGUAUUGCAGUAAACUCGGUCAAAAUUAGAGUUAUGCCCACUAGUUUCUUCAUAUUAUUACGAUAUUUUCUGAGAAUUGAUAAUGUAAUGCUGAGGAUAAAUGAUACUCGUAUUUAUCAUGAAUUUGGCAAAAAUUACUUAUUACGCGAGUUUACAUCACGGGAAGCUAAAGUUCAAGAUAUUCGAGUUUCUCCAACACUUUUUUUGGAGCCAAGUGCAAUAGCACCUCAUUUACCAUUAAUUGGAAGCCGAUAUGAUAAAUUGAUAAUAUCUGAAAAACAAGGACCUACAUUAACUGAAGAUACAACUGACCAGAAUAAAACUUUGACUGAAGGAAAAAUAACACAAUUUGAUGAACCUACGGCAGACAAUUCCAUCACAUAAGAUUUCAAGUUUGGGUGUCGAAGAGAAUGCGAUUGGAUCCCGCUCUUGGAGACUUUGACUAGAUUCCGCGCAGAAAAGCUUUGCUUCUCUGUAUUUCACUAUAAACACCAUUGCAUGUGUUUCUCUCUCUCCCGGGACAAGUAGAAAAUAAAUAUCAAGGGGAAAAGAGGAAGGAAGAGGAGAAGAGCCGAGGGAGAGAACUGAUCGGCUUUUGGGUUGGGCUGCCUUCUCACCACCACACGGUGAUGUUUAUUCGCGAGCGUAAAAAAACUUGGGUGAAUUCCAUCGUACGGGUCGACAGAGAGAGAGAGAGAUACGGGGAGGAGGAGGGAGAGGGGAUGGAAAGAAGAGAGAGGAAGACGAGGAGGAGAACAAGGAGAGAAGGCAAACUGGACGGUGGAGCGAAGAGGAGACAGAGAAACGCAAUAAGAGCAAGAAACAAGGAGGUCGUCGACGACAGCAAUCUCUCGUGAGUAGGCUUAUCCCAUUGCCUCCGUCCCACCUUAUAGCCCUCUCACACGCUUCCAGCGGGUGCGUAGGUGUUUCCGGCCGGCUGAAGAAGCACGGCCGCCUGCGCCCGUCGAUCCAGAAGAAGACGGUCGAGCCAGGAUAGAAUCAGAGGGGAGAAGAAGGAAAGAAAGAAAAGAAGAGAGACGGGACGAUGACGAGUUGGUGGCGAGAACGACAUAGAAAGAGAGCUAAAAAGAUGGAGAAGAGGGAGGGGAAAAAGAGAGAGGGGACUCGACAGGGGGAAAGACAGAGAACAACUCGACCGGAAGCAGUUACUCGCGCGAUGCAACGAAAAUAUCAGAGCGUCCGUUUCGCGCAAUAGGUCUGCCCGCGCGUCCGCCCGAAGUUUAAUAUAGAACACUCGCGCGGCCGGCUCCGUCGCGAAAACAUCACGCGCUGACGUCGACCGUGCGCGAGUUCCUCCUCUCUCUUUCUCUCUCUCAGCUCGAGAAAAACGUCUCCUUCUUUCCGCUUGGCCGUCGCGACUCCCGGCCUUCUUCCUCUCUUCGGACGCAGCGCGGACCCCUAAAAUUAGGCUCGUGUCCACUCGCUCGACGCGCCGCCGCUGCCGCCACCACCACUGUCGCCGCGGGUGACAUCCGCGUCGGAGAGUCGGACUCGUCGAAGGUCUUUGUCCGUGACAGUGGUGUGGCCGUGCGGUGGCACGUAGCGACCUUUGAAUAGCGGGAACAAGGUGCACGGCAUCGGCGCAUCGCCGAUUUCGCGUCCUUUGCUAUCUCUCGAAAUGAGAACGACUAUUUUUGUCCUCCUCUGCCCCAAUUCCUUUCGAAAAGAAGCGAGAAUCGAUAAUCGUAAUCACUUAUUGACGCUUAGAAAUGAAAGAAUGACUACGGUAUCUCGUGGUCCGGAUAUAAUUGUCACGGUAUUUAAUUUCGAUAUUUCACUAUGAGAACAUAAAAUAUCGUUCUGAUAACCCGAAAGGAAGUAAAAUUUUAUUUCGAUAUAUCAAUGUUAUUAAUGAUAUUUAAAAAGGGAAAAAUGAAAAAUAUUGUAUCUUGCUGGCUUCCAUUUCACUAUCUUGAAACCAGAUUAAAGUCAUUCUGCAAUUUAGCGGCUCUAAAGAAAACAUAUAUAUAAAUGCAACGUUCAUUUUUAAGUCACA